UCCUCAGUUGUCAGUCGUUUGUCGUUUGCUAUAUAAGGAGCAAGAAGGCUAGACACCGCCCAAAACAGGAAUAGAGUGCAAGUCAAGUCAAGUUGGCAUCUAUCAUUUAUGCAAAUUCGAAAUCAACUCGAUUUGCUGCCCAGCUCAUUCAAUACCCAGAGUACAUAACAUACAUACACAGUAAGAAAAAAGCUAACUUCCGCAUUCCUCUCUACCCACAAAAUCCCUAACACAGUCAGUGCAUAAUGUCUACGACCGUUGUUGACCUACGCUCGGACACUGUCAGCCAGCCGACGGCUGAGAUGCGGGCACGCAUGGCUGAGGCUGUAGUGGGUGACGAUGUGUAUGGCGAGGAUCCGACUGUCACCGAACUGGAGACGAGAACGGCGGCCAUUUUCGGCAAGGAGGCGGGCCUCUUUGUGCCCAGCGGCACCAUGGGAAAUCUACUGGCGGUUAUGGUUCAUUGCCAUCGACGUGGCGCAGAAGCUAUUGUUGGGGAUUUAUCGCACAUCUUUCUGUAUGAACAAGGUGGCGCCUCACACUUGGCUGGCGUCCAAUUAGCCACGAUUAGAAAUCAGCCGGACGGCACUUUUAGUCUGCAGGAGCUGCGCCACAAGAUACGCAACUACAAGGACUGCCACGAGCCAAUCACCUCGCUCGUUGUCGUGGAGAACACCCACAACAUCUGCGGUGGCAAGGUGAUUCCCCUCGCCUAUCUCGAUGAGCUGGCGGCUUUGGUCCGUGAACCUGGUGUGGGCACCACUCGAAUUGCCCUUCACAUGGAUGGCGCGAGAGUUUUCAACGCGGCCGCAGCUUUGGGCGUCAGCGUGGAGCGCAUCACUCGUGAUUUUGACUCGGUGUCCGUUUGCCUCAGCAAGGGCUUGUCAGCGCCCGUGGGAUCUGUUUUGGUGGGCUCUGAGGAUUUCAUUGCAGAAGCUCAUCGUCUGCGCAAAGCUUUGGGAGGUGGCAUGCGGCAAGCGGGCAUAUUGGCUGCCGCUGGCCUCGUGGCAUUGGAGCAGGUUGUGCCGCUGCUGGGGAAGGACCAUGAGCGUACUAAGCGCAUCGCAGAAGGCGUGGAUAAGCUGCGUAGUCCGAAUAUCGUUGUUGACAUACCUUCUGUGCAGAGCAAUAUUCUGCUGCUGCAGAUCAAGCAACCCAAGCUCGCUGCCGAUGAGUUUGCCAAGCGUCUGGCCAUCAUCGAGCCCGAGGAGAUCGCAGCCGGAGUGACGGACAAACAGGGAGCGGGAAUUGUCCUCAAAGCCAGCGCUAGAGAUUGGGAAUUUAUGCGCUUGGUGCUCUAUCACCAGGUGGAUGAUGAGCAGGUGGAAUUGGCCAUUAAGAAGCUGACUUAUGUCAUCAAACAGUACGAUGCACGCUGGCCUUAAAAACCCUGCCAAAGAGGGAAGAGUAGAUGAUAAGUGAACUGAGGUACGAAAAAGUACUGCCAAGAACAAACAUAAUUUUAUGUAUAAUUAUUAGAUUAUGUUUUUUGUCUGUUGUCGAGCAUUUAAUUAAAGAGCCAAGCGAAAGCGAAAACUGGCAUAAUUUAUAUUAGUGCUUCUCGAGUGGAUCGAAGCACAGCGUUUACAUUCGCGCAUGAGUGCAUCCAAUCACAGGACAAGCGAGCCUCACAGAAGCCUGCUGAUGGACUGAUGUUGUCGGCGUCGUUGUGUAUGCG